CCUGUGGUUUGGUGAUACGUGCGGAGCYACACCGUCGUCGUGGUGGAGUCUUGACAGCGCAAACGGUCUUAAAUACUGGCGCUAGCUGCCAAACACGUCCCGGGACCUUCAGGGCGCAGCGGAGAACACACUGUACGAGUAUGGGAGGAGUUAUUAAAGGGCUGCCCGUUCUCUGCCGUCUGUUUGUCUUCUAACUCUCGGUUCAGGACGGGAAAGAAACGGAGGAGGACGGAUAAACUGUCACUCUCAGUCCACAAUAAGUGAUUGAAGAACAUCCUUUCAGAAAGCGAGGCAUCAUCAUGGACGACGACCUGAUGUUCAGCAUGGAGGAGGAGGGCAGUGCCAGGAGGUCAUCCUCCUCUGCCCAGCGCAGCGGCGUCAAGCAUCGAGCUUCCUCCCUCAGCGACGCCAACGCCAGCGACGACGAAGACGAUGAAGACAACUUCAUCUCCCCCAUCCUGGGCGACUCUGCCAAGGAAGUCUGUAACUACCUGAAAGAUCUCGUUUACACACGGCAGCUGUCAAACUCGCUUCCCAAGAACAGCUUUUUGUACAGGCAUGAAACUGAGGGAGAACGUCGAACGUACACUGUUUUGUCUGAGAGCGCACGGGCGGCGUGGAUACAUGCGAUUGAAAAGGCCCGAGCCAUGCCGGACCCCUGGGCACAGUUUCACCUGGAGGAGAUCGCGACUGAACCGUGCAUUCGUUACAGGUACAAUGCCAUCACAGGGGAGUGGGCUCAAGACCAGAUUCACAUCAAAAUGGCAGCACAGUCCUUUGGGAAAGGGGCCAUGAGGGAGUGCUUCAGAGCGAAGAAGUUGUCUAACUUCUCACACAGCAGCAACUGGAAGUUGGCGUCCAACUAUGUGGCGAAGCGUUACAUGGAGACGGUGGACAGAGACGUCUACUUCGAGGACGUCAGGCUGCAGAUGGAGGCCAAACUCUGGGGGGAGGAGUACAACCGCCACAGACCCCCCAAACAGGUGGACAUCAUGCAGAUGUGUGUGGUGGAGAUGGCACAACGACCGGGCAAACCCCUCUUCCACCUGGAGCAUUACAUCGAGGGCAAGUACAUCAAAUACAACUCCAACUCCGGCUUUGUGAGAGACGACACCAUCCGGCUGACCCCUCAGGCCUUCAGUCACUUCACCUUYGAGCGGUCGGGCCACCAGCUGAUCGUGGUUGACAUCCAGGGAGUCGGAGACCUCUACACGGACCCUCAGAUCCACACAGAGAAGGGGACUGACUUCGGAGAUGGAAAUCUAGGGGUGCGAGGCAUGGCUCUGUUCUUCCACUCCCACCUGUGCAACAAGAUCUGCAAGAGUAUGGGUUUGACGCCUUUCGAUCUCGCCCGAGCAGAGACCUCCCAGCUGGACGGCACCAACAAGCUGCUUAAGUCGGCCCAGACGGUGCUGAGGGGCUGCGAGGAGGUCUGCGGCUCGCCUCGAGUUCGGACCUUGUCGGCGAGCCGGGCUCCCCCGCUGCUGUCCCGCCUGUCGGAGACCUCGUCUGCGGAGGAGAGCGCGAGCGACGUGGACUCCAUCCCCUGCUCGCCUCUCACCCUGCCCUUCUGUCCCCUGGUGGCCGGCGGGCCGAUGGGCAGGUCCCCUUCAGGCGUGUCUCUCACUGGAACAUACGAACACGACCGACUCAACAACAACAACACAAGUGAACACAAGGAUUCAGAAAGUGGUGGAGACAGUGGUUACCCCAGCGAGAGGAGAAGUGAAGGGGAUCCAAAUGACCACAUAGACGGGGCCCAUCACCGCUACCACAGGACGCUUUCUGAGUCGGAUGACGACAGUAUCAGAAGGAGGAAGAUGGUAGCUCCUCCAAGAGUUUCUGCAAACUUAUAUUCACAAAGUCCCGACAACGAAGCGCUGACAGAGGAGAAGUGGAGCUUCUUCCAUUCGUCUCGCGCUCAUGUGCACAGGCCUUCCUGYGUGGCCACCGAGGUGGAGCGCCUCAGCGCUCUGCUGCAGAAGAAGAUCGGUCAGUCCAUCCUGGGGAAGGUCCACCUGGCCAUGGUCCGCUACCACGAGGCGGGUCGUUUCUGUGAGAAGGACGAGCAGUGGGAUCAGGACUCGGCCAUGUUCCACCUUGAGAGGGCCGCCCUGUGUGGAGAGCUGGAGGCCAUCGUCGCGUUGGGGAAAUGUUACCUGCAGCUGCCUCAUCACAUUCUGCCCGACAUGGAGGUGGAGGACAACGCAGGAAACAGGAUGAAAGGUUUUAAGUACCUCCUGCAGGCUGCCGAGGCCGGCGACAGGUCUUCAAUGAUCGUUGUUGCCAGAGCCUUCGAUACAGGAAUCAACCUGUCAGCUGACAGAAAGCAAGACUGGGAUGAAGCGGUGCACUGGUACGACAGCGCCCUGAACAUGAUGGACUACGAUGAGGGCGGAGAGUUCGACGGCACGCAGGACGAGCCUCGCCACCUACUGCUGGCCAGAGAGGCGGAGAUGUACCAAGAGGGAGGCCACAACCUCACCGCGGAUCCUCAGAAAGCAGGCGAUUUGUUUACCGAAGCCGCAGAAGCUGCCAUGGCGGCCAUGAAAGGUCGCCUGGCCAACCAGUACUACAUGAAAGCUGAGGAGGCCUGGGCGCUGGUGGAGGAGUAAAUAUGAAUACAUAAUUCAUCCCCACCGAUGRCUGUGGGAGUUUCUGAGUGUCAGACGUUCUCUCUGGUUUUAAGACAUUCAGCAUUUACCCUGAAUGAUUAUAGUUUACAUCAAAAA